CAAAAAUAAAGACAUAUUUAAAAUUAAUAUAUCCAAAGUGUAUUUUUAAUAAUAACAUAACUCGGACCCCUACAAAUUCAGAAGUGGGCGUAACCAGAAUGAAUAACAAUUCGGUGUUAAACUCAGUGUCAGUAGUGCAGUUAAAGAGAUGGUUAGAAGUGCUAAAUAUGCCAACAACGGGCACUAAAGACGAAUUAAUUCUGAGAUUGAACACAAUGAGCAAUACGGAUGAAUUUGCACAUGACAUUCAAAAAGAAAUGCACAAUUUUGUGGCUGCUUCGAAGUCGGCAAAAACCGGCCAACAGCAAGAAGAACAGUUAUUGUUGGGACUGUAUGGCAAAGGAGACGACGCAAAUAAUCAAGCCGAAAACCUAACGGAUUCUUUCAACGAAGACGAAGAAAGGGAGAACCAGCAAGAGAACGAGCAACUGCACGUCGAGGUGCGCAAGACAGAAAGAGACGUCGAUAUUGUCAGUGAAUUGCGCCAGCUAAUGCAAAGCGUCGAACUACAUUUAUUGACACCAAAGCAAACACGCAACUCGACUAUUCAAGGCCAUGCAGAAGUAGAAGAAAUGAUGCAGAGCCGUAAUAAUCAGAACCGAAUGGCCAACGAAAACGGACAAGGCGAAAAUAUCAACGGCGAAAUGUCUUGGAGGAUGGCGGUGGAAGCUUUGAGUGUAUACGACGGACAGACCUGUGCUCGCAUGUGGAUAGCGCAAAUGAAAAAUAUUUCCAAUAUUUAUGGAAUUACUGGAACUCAAAUGCGCAUGCUUUUCGUAAGCAAGGUCAAAGGCAAAGUUAACACCUGGUUAUACGAGAAUCCAAGUCGGGCCUUGCAACCAAUGGAUGACCUAUGCGACCAGAUGAUUUCGAUGUUCGGUGAAACGCAGUCGAAGUUAGAAAAGCGCCGGAUAUUCGAGUCUCGUAUCUGGCAAUCUGAUGAGAAGUUUGGAAAGUACCUAGAUGAAAAGCUGAUGCUAGCCCAGAACGUCAGUUUGGAUCAAGAAGAACUACUAGAUCGAAUUAUUGAGGGCAUACCAAACGGAAAUUUGCGCAACCAAGCGCGAAUUCAAUGUUUUCGGGAUGUCGCACAUAUGAGAAAAGCGUUUGCAGAGGUGUACUUACCGAAGAAGCGAACGAACGUACCCGAAAAAGAGGCUGCGUCGGUGGAUCGAGCUGUUGGCAACGAAAUUCGGUGCCACAACUGUAAUGCUAGAGGCCACUUCGCUAAAAAUUGUCUGAAGCCGAAAAGACAGCCCGGAUCAUGUUUUGCUUGCGGAGAAAUGGGACACUGGGUAGGACAAUGUGCACAGAACAAAAGCAACAAGAGAGCUGACAACAAUUACAAUGCCUCAUAGAUUCGGGUAGUCCGAUUUCUUUAAUUAAAACUUGUAUGGUACCCAGGAAUAUUGAAGUAUUGCCGGAGGACAAGCGGUAUUAUGGUCUAAAUAAAAGUUAUUUGCAAACUAAAGGAAAAAUAUUAUGUCACAUUAUCAAAAACUCUAAUAAAGUAUAUUUUCAUUUAAUAAUUGUGAACGAAGAAUCUAUGAGUCAUAAUGCUAUUUUGGGAAGAGAUUUCAUGGAAGCGUGCAACAUAAAUUUAGACUUAUGUAAUUUAAAAAUAAUUACUGUUGAAGCGAAAAAAGAAGAAAAUAGUUAUGAAGAUGAAAAUUGUUAUGAA